AAAGCGGAUCUCCUUACGAGCGCGGGCCGGGAAGACUCCAGGCGGGGUAUACUGUACGCAAUACGCAAUCAGCAGACGCCGCGCCGCCGCUGUCCGGCAGUGUCUUGUUGACAGUGAGACUAGACCUGGUCUGCGGAGUUUCGUGAGAUGGCCAUCGACGAGAGAACUCUAACACAAUCUUUCAUCGGCGCAUCGCCCUUCCUUGUCAAAGUCCUAGAGCUGAUAACUUCCUUGCUCUGCCUGGUACUGAUUUACGUUCCGUUUGACAACCACGUGGAAGACAACCUGAACCAUGUCGGCAUUGUGUACGUCAGCUAUUGAUCAUCUAUCAUCAUCAAUGGUGUGCUGAUUGUUUCAGAUAACUUCCUUGCACUGCCUGGUACUGAUUUACGUUCCGUUUGACAACCAUGUGGAAGACAACCUGAACCAUGUCGGCAUUGUGUAUGUCAGCUAUUGCUCCUCUAUCAUCAUCAAUGGUGUGCUGAUUGUUUCAGAUAACUUCCUUGCUCUGCCUGGUACUGAUUUACGUUCCGUUUGACAACCACGUGGAAGACAACCUGAACCAUGUUGGCAUCGUGUAUGUCAGCUAUUGCUCAUCUAUCAUCAUCAAUGCUGUG